GGGAAAGACAACAGCAGGAACCAGCAAAGGCAGAGAACGUGAGAAAUUCCAGGAACUGCACGGCAUCCAUCCAUACUUCCCGUGUGACUGAAACUAAAUCAGAUUAAGGAUGCUGGGCUGUGGAUGUGUGCUGCUCUCUGGUCUGAUGACACUGACCUUGUUCCACUGCAGUACUGAAAGCCUUCAUGUACCCCAGGAAAGGUCAGUGUAUGUGGAAUCAAAUGUCAUGGAGGACCGUGGCAUCCAGCAAAGCCCAGGAGAGCAGAAGACCUCAGGUGCUGUGAAUGCUAAACUCCUCCUGCUCGACCAACUGGUCCAUCUGGAGAACGAUGUCAUUGAGACCAAGAGGAAACGGAGCUUCCCCGGAUCCAACACACCACUUGACCGGCUAUCAAUCAGCACCAUGGACCCCAAGAGCAAAAAGCAGAGGAAGGUGGUUGAGUUGCCACGGCGACGAGUCAGCGUCCCAAUUGACCGGAUUGGAGUAGGCCAUCUUCCCAAUAGCCGAGGAUAGAUUCCGCUUCAGACCACACUCCGACAAACAGAGGGUGAUUUUGCAGGUGGAAGAUAUGCAUGAUAAAGUACACCAGCCCUUACAAAUCACUAACCAUUGAACAAACUCCAUAUUCACUGCACACUUACAACCCUUGCAACUCCAGAGCUUUUUUCUCUCUAUUGAUUACUGAUUUCAUUUAAAUCCCUGACCAAACUGUGUUUAUUUAGAAGCCUGACCUAUAUGACAUUUCACCCAAUAGAAUGAACUAUCCGUUCCACACCCUUUAUGGUGUCAUCAGAGGCAUAUGCCAAAUCCCAAUCAGAGAGGAAUCUGCUCAUGGCUUCCAUUGCACAACUCAUUAUUUACUCGAGUGCCUCAGCUGCUGCUGCUCCACCUCUCGCUUGCUGUAAUGAAUACAAUUAUUGUUGUUUUCUCAC